AUGAUGCGAGGAGUACAGCCAUCUCUGGUAUUUCUAGCCCUUGUGGCAGUAGUGCGGGGUGCAAAUAAUGGGAAUCAAUAUUACAAUGUGAAUGACUACUAUACUGAUGACCAAGGUCAACAAAACGGUGGUGGAGAGUAUGCCGACGAUUGGGUUUCAAGCAAUCAAGACAUUGACGAUGACAUGUUUCAUUGGAGUGACAACAUUGGAUUUGAUGGAGUCAGCGUAAUGCCACUUUCCUGUAUCAACUACAACAAUGGAUACAUGAUCAAAUAUACCUUCUUUGACGCCGCCAAUAGAAAUCAAUGUCAUUUCAACGAAAUUGGAACCUUUAUUGUGUCGAUUGCUCACUACAUGAGAGCCUACUUCAAUCAUGAAGCGCUCGUUUAUGGGACAAAGUUCACACUCCCGUCUGAUGCUGGAUAUUUGAACUGUGUUCAACUGGGCGAGACAGAAAAUACCGACACUCCUCUCUAUGCCAAAAUUGGUUGCCAAGAUCGACAAACCUAUACUUCCACCAAGUUUUCACUGAAGAUAUACACAGAUGCCCAAUGUUCAGAACAGUACGAUGAUGGAAAGACCCCACGUUUCCACCAAAAUAGUGGAUACAUUGUGAAUGGGAAUCUCAUUUCUUCCAAAGUCUCUUUCAGACCGCCAUUUUACAAAUGCGAGGGCUGUCAGCCCGACCAAAUCUCUGAUACCUUCAAUAAGCUAAAAGUGAGCUGGUAUGAUGAUGAUUACAUUGCAGAAAAUGGCGAAAAACGAAACUAUGACGAUGAUGGGAACGGCGAGAAUCAAGAACAGGAGCAAGGGAAUAACAACGCAAAUCAAGGAGAUGAUUACUUCAACGAUGAUUUCCACGAUGAUGCCUUCCAAGCGAACGAUGAUUUCAACAACAACUAUUAUUAUGCCAAGGACAAUGGUUAUAGAAAUCUUGCAGCAACCGAUGGCCUAGUCCGCCGUUCAGGGCUUGAAUCGCGCAAACCAGUCGCUGUCGAAGGUCAACUAGAGGUCUUUUCAAACGAAUUCUGGAAGGACAUUGAAGACCAACAACAGCGCGCUCUCUCUGAUAACUACGACGUUGGUGAAUGGAACAUGUGUCAAAGAAUUUACAAGUAUGGCGUUUGGUGCGACGAAGAUUGCAGAAGUUUGGAUCAGUUUCGAAGAGAUUUGUGGUCAGGUUCAGACAUCAUCCUCCUGUCCAUUUUAUGUACUUUCCUUGCUGGCAUGAUGAUGCUUAUCGUCGCCAAGCGACUCAAAUCAGCAAAGAAGGCAAGAAAGUACAAGCAAGAAGGCUCAAUGCCCGGUCUUCCCCCACUAGCAAUGCUAGCGCUGUACGGAUUCAUCAUGAUUGUCAUUGGAGUUCUGGCACAUAUUAAAUUCGUGAACGAAACUCUUUUAUUCGCAGUCGUCGCUUGUGUUUUGGUAUUCAUCUACAUGCUCAAGCUGACGUUAUUUGAUACGAAAAGGAGACCAGUUCUUUUGGCAGCACCAAAUUCGGACUGGGAUACUGACAGCCGAUUGGAUGAGCGCUUCUACUAA